GACGCGUAGGUGCAAAGUUACCGUCCCUCUUUUUAAAUCCCUAGAGCCUUCACCUUCCUAUCGAGUGAAGGCUCUACUGGACAAGAGAAGAGAAGGAGGGGACGAUGGUGAUGGUGAUGUUGACGAGAAGGAACGAGGUGCUGCGGGCGCACCUGGGCAUGGCGCUGGUGCAGAUGACCUACGGCGGUUACCACGUCCUCACCAAGUCCGUUCUCAAUGUCGGCAUGAACGAGGUGGUCUUUUGCGUCUACCGUGAUCUCGUCGCCCUCGCCAUCCUCGGCCCCUUCGCCUUCCUCCAGCACCGCAGUGUUGGUAGAAGUGUUCGUCUUCAACUGAACCAGCGCCUCUUUGCAUCAUUUUUCCUUCUUGGUCUCACUGGGAUAUACGCGAACCAGCUUUUGUUUCUUCUUGGCCUUAGUUUCACCAAUCCAACUUAUGCAUCAGCUUUUCAGCCUUCCAUACCAGUAUUUACAUUCAUCUUGGCAGUAGCAUUGGGUCUUGAGACAGUAAACUUGACGGCUAAUGAAGGGCGCAUGAAGGUUGUCGGGACCGUUAUUUGUGUUUCUGGUGCUAUAUUGAUGGUCUUUUACCGUGGUCCGGCUAUAAUUGGAUCCAGCAUUUAUAGUCUAUCUAAUUAUACUGCAGUGGGCAUGAAGUCUCAACCUGAACCAGCUGGAUUGUUAGCAUCUGGUCUUCUUGGAUUUGGUCUAGAGAAAUGGCAUGUUGGUGUUUUAUGCUUAAUUGGAAACUGUGUCUGUAUGGCUACCUAUUUUGUUUUGCAGGCUCCAGUGCUGGUAAAAUAUCCCGCUAGUUUAUCCUUGACAGCAUACUCGUACGCUUUUGGGGCUAUAAUGAUGGUAGUCACUGGGUUGUUCGCAACUAGUGAUUACACUGAGUGGAUGUUGACGCUUCCAGAGAUAAUUGCUGUUACAUAUGCUGGAAUUGUUGCCUCUGCUAUGAACUACUGGAUAAUGACAUGGUCCAAUAAAAUUUUAGGGCCUUCAAUGGUGUCCCUGUACAAUCCACUUCAACCAGCAUCAUCCACUUUAUUAUCCAUGAUUUUCCUCGGAAGCGCUAUAUAUCUCGGAAGCAUUUUGGGAGGAGUUCUGAUCAUUAUUGGCUUAUACUUGGUCACAUGGGCUCGCUACAAGGAGAUGACAGAAUCAGUGCCAGGGUUCAUUGGUGGCGACACGGUGACGUUUCUCAAAGAGAUAUCGCUUAAGAAAAAACAGGAUGAUUCUUCUAUCCCUCUAAAUACUACUUCAGAUCAAGAGUUCACAUAAAGAGAGUUCUUGUUUAUAUAUAUAUAUUUUUUCUUCUUCUUCUCUUCUUCUUCUGCUUUUGGGCUGUCAUGAGAAAGAAAUUACACAUUAUUCAUGGAUUCUAAAUCUCGUUAUCUCUUUGAAACAAAAUCAACAAAACAUGUGCAAUGAGCAAUUCCUAUGAAGACUUUUAUAAUGAAUGUUACAAACACACGUUAGUUAUUGCUUCA